AUGCUGACGCGGAUGAAAUCAGCUGUGGCCAAUUUUAUGGGAGGUAUGAUGGCUGGCAGUUCCAACGGUGACCAUCUCGGUGGCUCCGAUUUACCACUGAAAUACCCGUAUACAAGACCGGAGUUUCUGGGACUGUCACCGGAUGAAAUCGAGUGCUCGGCAGAUCAUAUCGCUCGGCCGAUACUCAUUCUGAAAGAGACGGAGAGGCUGCCAUGGGCCACUGGUUAUGCAGAGGUGAUCAACGCAGGGAAGAGUCACCUGAACGAGGACCAGGCGUGCUGUGAGGUGAUGGUGGUCACGAGAAGACCCAGUGUUGGGGGUGACUCCACCCCCAGCAGGACCCCCACCAAUGUCAGAAGGUCCUCCCUACCCAACGGAGAGGGACUGGGGCUUAUGAAGAACUCUGACGCAGAGCCAGGACUGACCUUCCACUACUGGGCUCUGUUUGAUGGCCAUGCGGGCUCAGGGGCGGCAGUGGUGGCAUCUAAGCUACUCCAGCACCACAUCGUGGAACACCUCCAGGACGUCCUGGAUAUCCUGAGGAACCCGGACUUGCUGGCCCCCAUCGUCCAAGGGGAAGAGCCCACCAACCACCACCUCACCCCCACCACUCAUAGAGGUAUAACCAGGGCCGCCUCGUUGCGGGGGGCCGCAGGCGCCCCUGGUUCCCCUAGCCAACCCCCACCUUCCAGGUUCUUUACAGAGAAGAAGGUGCAACACGAGAGUCUGGUGAUGGGAGCCGUGGAGAACGCCUUCAAAGAGAUGGAUGCUCAGAUAGAGAAAGACAAGGCUGUGUUUAACGUCUCAGGAGGCUGUACUGCUCUGUGUGCAUUGUUUUUACUGGGAAAGCUCUACAUAGGAAAUGCUGGGGACAGCAGGGCGAUCGUUAUCCGGGCUGGAGAGGUCAUCCCCAUGUCCACUGAAUUUACACCAGAGUCAGAGAGGCAGCGCCUGCAGUUCCUGGCCUACAUGCAGCCGCACCUGUUAGGGGGAGAGUUUACCCAUUUGGAGUUCCCCAGACGAGUACAGAGGAAGGAGGUGGGGAAGAGGAUGCUUUAUAGGGACUUCACCAUGUCUGGAUGGGCAUAUAAAACCAUUGAGGAUGACGAUCUGAAGUUUCCCCUAAUCUACGGCGAAGGGAAAAAGGCCCGUGUGUUGGCUACCAUUGGGGUCACCAGGGGCCUGGGAGACCAUGAGCUCAAGGUGCACGACUCCAACAUCUACAUCAAGCCCUUUCUGUCCUGCUGCCCUGAGGUCAAAGUGUACCCUCUGACACAGUAUGAACAUGGGGCGGAUGAUGUCCUGGUCAUGGGGACAGACGGCCUAUGGGACGUUCUGUCCAACGAGGAGGUUGCCGAGGCAGUCACCUGUUUCCUGGCCAACUGUGACCCUGACGACCAGCACAGGUACACAAUGGCUGCUCAGGACCUGGUCAUGAGGGCGCGAGGGGUCCUUAAGGACAGAGGCUGGAGGAUAGCCAACAACCGGCUUGGCUCUGGAGAUGACAUCUCGGUCUUCAUUAUACCUCUGAUGUAUGGCAACCGGCAGGCCUAGCCCAGGCCGAGCUCACCGCCACCUCCUACCAUGGAACUCAUGAUAGGGACCGUGUCUAUAAUGGCAACUGAUUCCCUAUUCAGUGAACUGCACUAUUUUGAGCCAAGACCCUGGCUGCCCCCCCUAACCCCACCCCUUCUUCACUUUCCUUUCCUUAAAUCAAAGCCCUGGUGCUCACACAGUGCUUCAUUUUGGUGGGUUUCCAAUCCUGAGGAAGCUAUAUUGCUCUUGGUUGUGGUACACUAGACUACAGAGUAGUGUGUGUCUGCUUCUCUCUUGUAAAAGGAAAUUCUCAGGAUGUUCUAGACAGUCAGUUUCUUCUUUUGUUGCUGAACGUCAAAUGAACAAGAUUCUGGACUCAAAGGCUUAUGGGGGUGUUUAUUUGAACCCCCAUGAAGUCUUAACCAACACUUUGUUGUUUAUUAGUUGGUUGUGGUUUCUGAAUAGUGAAGUAUGUUCUGUUGCAUCAGAAGGGUGUUUGUUUCAGAAAGAUAUUACUUUUCUUUUGGAAGUUGUAGGUAUGGGACAGUUUUAAGCAAGUCAGUUGGACUGACUUUCAAAGUGCAAUGCUUUAUGGUGUUAGUUUUAAUCCUUUAUAAUGAGAUGUUAAUAUAUUAUUGAUUAUGAACAUGUAAAUAUGUUUAAAAAAUAAAUGGAUUUUAGAUAUCCAUGUUUUUGACUGUAUAGUGUAUAGACCCUGUUUAAGUUGCGUUGUGGAACCUAUACUGUUCCUAUGAUUUUCGAUCUUUUCUGACUAAGGUCAAUCAUCCAUUUCAGCCAUAAGUGACUGAUCUGGACAAUACCAUUCUCCCACAUACAUGUUAUAGCUUUCAGGGCCGUAGUUUGGGUGUUUCUCUCCCAAGUAUAAGACAAACUAAGUCAGACUGAUGCCCAUUUUUUAAUCAUGCUGUUAUAUCUUCGUCAUUGCUGUACUCCAUAACGUGAAUUUACUUGGAGGACAGAGCUUCACAUAAUUGUGAAAUAUCUACCUCAUGCUUUUGCUUUGUUUUAAACAUAACAUUUAGUUCUGUAUCCCCGUGUCAAGCUGUCAUUUUUCUAUUUGACAUACAUAUUACAUCAUCCUGACUGUGUGCUUGUUUACUUUUGAAAAUGAAACAUGUGCCAUUCCUUACCUGAUUCGUGUCACUAGUUUCCAUACUAAUAUAGCUUUGUACAGCUCUAUUCAACAUUAUGUAAUGUCAAACCCUGACCUGUCAUACACUGUGUUGCUACGUAAAUACGUUAAACAUUUUUUAAAUUAGCAAUGAUUAUUUACUCUAAGGUGGUGUAAUUUCAUUUUAUUGUGAUAAAUGCCAGAUUUAAACAAAACUUCAAGUUACAAGUGUGUAUCUCAGAUUAGCAUUUUGAUCUUCAAGACAAAUUACCUUGAGCAGGUAUAUUGUUUAGAAAGUGCUUGGAUAAAGCGCCUAGUAUAUUGUACAUUGAAUUCUAGAAUGAAACUGUUUGAAAUUAUGUUUUCUUAUGCUUGAAAAAAAAACUUGUCACAAGACUCCGGAUGCUAUGUGACUGAUUUUCAUGCCAGAAACUACCCAAUUUUGUCUCUGUAUAAGGUCCAAUUUAUCCUAGUAUUAUAUUGCAGUAUUUACUCUUUGAACAGUAACACUCUGCAAACUAACCAUUUUGGCAUUAUCCUUAAUGUUUGUUGUUACAGAGUCUUGUUUGGUCACCACAUUUUCCCUUUUAUGGAUUAGGGGAGGGAACUAGCAUGUAUUGUAAUGUAAUUGUACUGCAUUUAAUACUGAGUGCUGUCUUAAUUUCUGGAUGACCCGUUAGGAGCAACAUUGAUAGGCAUUCAACUGAUGCUACUGAUACUCUAAAGAAACACACACACUCACAAAUGAUGUCAAAACUUGGCAGAUGUCACAUCUAAUCAGUCUCUAAUUGUGGCCUAUUUCGAGUUAGCCCAUGUUUCUGUUCAUUUCACUCUUUCGCAUGCUUUUUUUCCCCGAAGUGUCUCCAUUCUUGUUACACAAACUACUCUUAUUACCUGUGCUGGGACUGAGCGGCUCAAAACAAUACAUAAUGACCCCAUUGAAGAGAAGGAGAAUGAAAAGGAAAUGUUUUUGUAUUACUGUAUGUGCAGUAAAUUCUGUUUUUACCCCAACAAUAGGGGGAAAUGUAAACAGGCAUUCAUAUGUGAAAGAAAAAAAUAUAAUUUGAAUGAUUCCUGUUGAAAUUGAUUAAAUAUACUGGUUGACAUAAUUCAUAGGUGUCUUUAUAAUUUGUAAUAAGGAAGUGUUCUAAGUAAGCAAUGAGGAAUGAGGGGGUGUGGUAUAUGGCCAAUAUACCAUGGCUAUCAUGCCUGUGGUAUACGUUAUUCAGGAUUCAA